AUGUCUUCAAAAGGCACAGUGGUCCUGGCAUACAGUGGAGGCCUGGAUACAUCCUGUAUUCUAGUGUGGCUGAAGGAACAAGGAUAUGAUGUCAUUGCUUACCUGGCAAACAUUGGCCAGAAUGAAGAUUUUGAGGAAGCCCGGAAGAAGGCUUUGGCUCUGGGAGCAAAGAAGGUGUACAUAGAAGAUGUACGAAAAGAGUUUGUGGAAGAAUUCAUCUGGCCAGCGGUCCAAGCCAAUGCCAUCUAUGAAGACCGCUACCUUCUGGGCACCUCACUGGCUCGUCCGUGUAUUGCCCGAAAACAGGUGGAAAUAGCCAAACGAGAAGGGGCCCAGUACGUCUCCCAUGGUGCAACUGGAAAGGGCAAUGAUCAGAUUCGCUUCGAGCUGAGCUGCUAUUCUUUACAUCCAGGAAUCAAGAUUAUUGCUCCUUGGAGAAUGCCAGAAUUUUAUAACCGUUUCCGAGGACGCACUGACCUGAUGGAAUACGCAAAGAAACAUGGUAUACCUGUACCUGUGACACCCAAGAGCCCCUGGAGUAUGGAUGAGAACCUCAUGCAUAUUAGCUAUGAAGGUGGGAUCUUGGAAAACCCAAAGAAACAUGCUCCAGAUGGUCUGUUUUUGAAAACGAAAGAUCCUGCAACAGCCCCUAACACCCCAGACAUUUUAGAAAUCGAGUUCAAGAAUGGUGUCCCCGUGCAAGUCACCAAUACGAAGGAUGGUACGCGGCAUCAGAGUUCGUUGGAGCUGUUUUCUUAUCUCAACGAAGUGGCGGGAAAGCAUGGUGUUGGCCGUAUUGACAUUGUUGAAAAUCGCUACAUCGGGAUGAAGUCACGUGGUAUCUACGAGACGCCGGCUGGAACCAUACUGUAUCAGGCUCACUUAGACAUUGAGACGUUUACCAUGGACCGAGAGGUGCGCAAAAUAAAGCAGCAGCUGUCGCUGAGGUUUUCCGAGCAAGUCUACAAUGGGUUCUGGUACAGCCCCGAGUGUGAGUUUGUUCGCUCGUGUAUUGCCAAAUCCCAGCAACUGAUACAAGGGAAAGUGCAAUUGUCUGUCCUGAAGGGACAAGUUUAUUUGUUGGGUAGAGAGUCGCCACAAUCGUUGUACAACGAGGAGCUGGUGAGCAUGGACAAGCAGGGAGAAUAUGAACCAUGUGACGCAUCUGGAUUCAUCAAUAUCAAUGCAGUGAGGUUAAGAGAAUAUAACCGCUUACAGAAGAAGGUCACAGCGCCGGCAAAAUGA